AUGCUUCGGUUCAGAUACAUAAACCCGUUCGUGAUCUGGACUGAGAACGGUCGCAAGUGGCAGUGCAACAUGUGUGGUUAUGUUGGGGACACUCCUCAGACGUACUACUGCCACCUGGAUGACACCAUGCGACGGGCUGAUCGAUAUGAGAGGCCGGAGCUCGUCAAUGGCACAAUUGACUUUAUAGCUCCUGCAGAAUACAUGGUUCGACCCCCGCAGCCGCCGGUUUUUAUGUUCCUUUUGGAGUCAACAUAUCAGGCGGUUGCAUCGGGCGCAUUGGCGAGUGCUGCUGCUGCUAUCAAGGAGCUUGUGGAGAAGAAGAGUUUCCCGGGAGGAGAGAGAGCGCUGGUUGGGGUUAUGACCUUCGACUCUUCGAUCCAUUUUUACAAUCUCAACUCGAGACUAUCGCAACCGCAGAUGCUUGUGGUGUCGGAUCUAGAGGACCCCUUUUUGCCUCUACCCGAUGACAUUCUGGUGCCGGUAAUUUCAUCCCA